AACGGGAUGUCUACUGGCUUCUGCUUCUCUUGCCAGCGCUGUGGAGUUCGGGCAGGAGCCUCCAUCGGGGCCACUCCUCCGCCUGCCUCUCCGGAAUGAGGCCUAAGUUCCCGCACCGGAAGGCCCCCUUUCUCUUCCAAGAGAGCCCAAGAAGAGGCCGAAGCCGAGACGAUGCCUGGGAAGCUGAAGGUGAAAAUCGUGGCCGGGCGCCAUUUACCAGUGAUGGACCGAGCUAGUGACCUGACUGAUGCCUUCGUGGAGGUGAAAUUUGGUAAUACCACCUUUAAAACAGAUGUGUGUCUCAAGUCCCUCAACCCGCAGUGGAACUCAGAGUGGUUUAAAUUUGAGGUGGAUGAUGAAGAUUUACAAGAUGAACCUCUCCAGAUCACAGUUCUUGACCAUGAUACGUACAGUGCAAAUGAUGCCAUUGGUAAAGUGUACAUUGACAUUGAUCCUUUACUGUACAGUGAGGCUGCAACUGUCAUCUCGGGAUGGUUUCCAAUUUAUGAUACCAUUCACGGUAUCCGUGGGGAAAUCAAUGUAGUUGUCAAAGUAGACCUCUUCAAUGAUUUAAAUCGAUUCAGGCAGUCAUCAUGUGGAGUCAAAUUCUUUUGCACAACAUCUAUUCCAAAGUGCUAUAGAGCUGUAAUAAUUCAUGGAUUUGUAGAAGAACUUGUGGUCAAUGAAGACCCAGAGUAUCAAUGGAUUGAUCGAAUUCGCACGCCAAGGGCAUCAAAUGAGGCCAGACAGAGGCUCAUUUCUUUAAUGUCAGGCGAACUGCAGAGGAAGAUUGGCUUAAAAGUCCUUGAGAUGAGAGGAAAUGCGGUUGUCGGGUACUUACAGUGUUUUGAUCUGGAAGGCGAGUCCGGGUUGGUGGUGCGAGCCAUAGGGACAGCGUGCACGCUGGAUAAGCUAAGCGGCCCCACAGCGUCCCUUCCCGCCUGCAGCUCCCCGUCCAAGGAGAUGAAGGAGAUUCCCUUCAAUGAAGAUCCCAAUCCCAAUACUCACUCAUCAGGACCCUCAACCCCUCUGAAAAACCAAACUUAUUCCUUUUCACCUUCCAAGUCCUACAGUCGACAGUCCUCUUCUUCUGACACAGAUUUGAGUUUGACACCCAAAACUGCACCUUACCCACAGGGGCCUAGGAUUUACCUGUGUCCCAGCUCCCCCUCUCUCCCUUGUGGGUCCCUUCAUCUUAAAAAGUCCUGUCUCCUCCUCUCGGAAUCUAGCCUUCCCCCUCAUCCUUCUAGCCUUGUCAGCCCAGUUCUGAGGAAAAGUGUUUCUUUCAGUGAAGAGCUGUUCCUGGCUGCUUCUGGAAUGGGAAGUGGUAGUGCUGGAAAAGAAGGGGGGCCCUUUAAAGCUCUUUUAAGACAACAGACUCAAUCAGCAUUGGAACAGAGGGGAGGAUCGCCUCAUAGGUUCUGUAGAAGGCGGGAAUUUCCAUUUUUCACCCUGACGGCAUUUCCUCCUGGAUUCCUCGUGCAUGUUGGGGGCGUUGUUAGUGCACGCUCUGUGAAGCUUUUGGAUCGUAUCCACAAUCCUGCCUUUGUCGGAAUUAUGGGUAACACAAGAUCUUACAAACUGCUAGACUGGAAUAGUUUCAAUUCAGAUGAACCAGAAACUCGAGAUGCAUGGUGGGCAGAAAUCAGACAAGAAAUAAAAUCCCAUGCCAAAGCAUUAGGCUGUCAUGCUGUAGUGGGCUACAGUGAAUCAACUAGCAUCUGUGAAGAGGUCUGUAUUUUAUCUGCAUCCGGCACGGCAGCUGUACUGAACCCUAGAUUUUUGCAGGAUGGCACCGUGGAGGGCUGUUUGGAACCGAGGCUAGAAGAAAAUUUGCCUGCAGGCUGUGGAUUUUGCCAUAUACCAUAUGAUGAACUGAAUAUGCCGUUUCCAGCUCAUCUCACAUACUGCAAUAACUGCAGGAAACAAAAAGUUCCUGAUGUUCUCUUCACAACCAUAGACCUCCCAGUGGAUGCAACAGUUAUUGGAAAAGGUUGUCUCAUUCAAGCAAGGUUGUGUCGCUUAAAAAAGAAGGCACAGGCAGAAGCAAAUGCCACAGCCAUCAGUAAUCUCUUGCCAUUUAUGGAAUACGAAGUGCAUACUCAGCUAAUGAAUAAACUAAAACUCAAAGCAAUGAAUGCUUUAUUUGGACUGAGAAUUCAGAUCACAGUGGGCGAAAAUAUGUUGAUGGGCUUAGCGUCGGCCACCGGUGUGUAUUUAGCAGCUUUACCAACGCCUGGUGGUAUUCAGAUUGCUGGAAAGACUCCUAAUGAUGGCUCAUACGAGCAGCAUAUAUCUCAUAUGCAGAAGAAGAUAAAUGACACGAUUGCCAAGAAUAAAGAGUUGUAUGAAAUCAAUCCUCCGGAGAUAUCUGAAGAGAUUAUAGGAUCCCCCAUUCCAGAACCUAGACAACGCUCACGACUUUUGAGAUCUCAGUCAGAAAGCUCUGAUGAAGUUACCGAAUUGGACCUUUCACAUGGGAAAAAAGAUGCCUUUGUUUUGGAGAUUGAUGACACAGAUGCCAUGGAAGAUGUACAUUCUCUCCUCACUGACGUCCCACCUCCUUCAGGCUUUUAUAGUUGUAAUACAGAAAUUAUGCCUGGUAUAAACAAUUGGACAUCUGAAAUACAGAUGUUUACAUCAGUAAGAGUAAUCCGAUUAAGCAGCCUUAACCUGACUAAUCAAGCCCUUAAUAAGAACUUUAAUGAUCUCUGUGAAAACUUGCUUAAGAGCCUGUAUUUUAAACUACGGUCUAUGAUCCCCUGCUGCCUUUGCCAUGUCAAUUUUACAGUCUCUCUCCCUGAAGAUGAAUUAAUUCAGGUUACAGUCACAGCAGUUGCAAUAACCUUUGACAAAAAUCAGGCUUUACAGACUACAAAAACACAUGCUGAGAAGUUAUUGCAAAGAGCCUCUGCAGAUAAUGAAGAACUUCUGCAGUUUCCCCUGGAACUCUGUUCAGAUUCACUUCCUUCUCAUCCUUUUCCACCAGCUAAAGAACACCUGGAGAGUGCAAGUUCUAACUCAGGUAUCCCAGCUGCACAGAGAGCAACGUCAGUUGAUUACAGUUCCUUUGCAGACAGAUGCAGCAGCUGGAUAGAGCUCAUUAAACUGAAAGCUCAGACCAUAAGGCGCGGAUCAAUUAAGACAACAGUGACAGUUGAAAAAGCAAGUCCAAUGGGUGAAGGAAACUUCCGGAAUCGUUCCACUCCACCUUGUGCAAAUUCUACCGUUGGGGUUGUUAAGAUGACACCUCUUUCUUUCAUUCCUGGAGCAAAAAUAACAAAAUAUCUUGGGAUAAUUAACAUGUUUUUUAUUCGGGAAACCACUUCUCUACGUGAGGAAGGUGGAGUCAGCGGGUUUCUGCACGCCUUCGUUGCUGAAGUGUUUGCGAUGGUGCGAGCACAUGUGGCUGCGCUGGGCGGGAACGCUGUCGUCUCCUACAUAAUGAAGCAGUGUGUCUUCAUGGAGAAUCCAAACAAAAACCAGGCACAGUGUCUUAUAAAUGUCAGUGGUGAUGCAGUGGUUUUUGUUCGCGAAUCUGAAUUAGAAGUGGUGUCUACUCAGCAGCCUGCUGCCAGUUGCCAGCCCUCAUGUCCUGGAGGAGAAGUCACAACCUGAAGUCAAUUAGAAAGAAAGAGCGCAACUAAAUGACAUUCAUCAGUCUCCUUUGUCUUUCAUUUAUCGUACUAGACGUAAAAAAUGAACUUAAUAUGAGAGAAUGAAGAAAGAAUCGAUCCCAUAUGAGGAUGUUUGAUUUGAAUGGGAUCACUUGAAGGCAUGAGAAUUUUCAAAUCUUGACUUUUUUUUUUUUUUUUACCAAAGCUAGACAGACAGGCCUCAUAGAGGCUCGACUCCCCAGGAAGUUCAGAUAAAUUUCUCUGAGAACUGUAGCAAAGAUGCAAGCUAUUUAUAAUUUAUGUUGAUUUUAAUAAAAUCGUAAUUUAAAUUAUCAGGAAAUUAGGCUAGCUAUCCUGGUGUAAUUUAUAAAAAUUAAGAAAUUAACAAAUUGUUAAUAAGUGAUCUGAUUUGAGGAAUGUAUGGGGAAAAUGGAGAAAAGUUUUCAGAAAACUGUGAGUUUAUUAAUGUGUUAUUUUGAUGAGGAAUUUGGUAACUACUAAAAGGGAAAAGUGCUUUAGCCAUCUUUGAAAAAGAAGUUAAACUUCUAUGACUUGUAUCCUAAUUGCUACAAGAGUAUAAUCUGUUUAUCAGAGCCAGUGUCCUUUCAUUGGAAGCUUAAUAAUAUCUCUAAGGAAGGAGGAAAAAAAUUACUAUAUAACUUCAUUUUUACCCAAGUUUCAGUUUGUGUUUAAUUUUUCUGGAAGGGGCUUGGCUUCAACUGGGAAGAACAGGCCAGUGAAUUUUGUUGAAGUAGUUAAAAUGUGAUCUAGUUGGAACAUAAAAUUAUUUUCUAAUAAAGUCAUACUGAGCUCCUACCAAAUAAACAGAAUUUUAGUACUAUCUUAUUAGGGGUUUGGGGUGGUGAGGUAGACUGUAUUUGGCAUAGAAUUUGGAAAUGUAACUUGAAUGUAAAUAUGCUCCAGAAUGUUGAAUGUAUAGAUAGAAAUACUUUUUUUUUUUUUGUCAAUGCCAAAUACAUAUUACAAAUGAACCUUUAAAAGUACAUUCCUCCUUUGGACAAUAAAAUUUCUUUAUGAAACUCAUGAUUUUGCUCUUCCAGGAUAACAACUGCCCUAAAGAUUAGGAGUCAUUUCCUUGUUAUCACAGGUGUCAAUAUUUUUCUGUAUUUUGUUUAUAAUUUUAUUUUUUAAAUAAAAGGUUUUAUAAACUGGAA